GUGUCGUCGCCCUCCAUUGGGUCAUUGAUUGUCGUCGUUUCAUAUGGGAGAGGUCGUGUGUGGAAGCAUGCCGCAAGAGCUUUGAGCAACAUAUCCAUAGAACACCGCUUCACAAGGUCAUACGCAGGCAGAAUCUCUCAAUCGACCAGCCGUGCUGCUCGCGGAGGCUACCGGUCGCCCAGAGAGCCUAACCUUGAUGGGUCAGCCUUUUACCAGUCCCCCUCGCGACCUGCGAUCAUCCUCGCCGUCUCACCGUCGCGGUUCGGACGAGCAGCUCCCUGCAACGACAGCGUUGCCGUCCCAAAGCACACGGCUGUUGCUACAUUCGACGUCCCCGCUCGAACGCUCUUCGGAUACCCUCAAACGCCUGCGUAGGGAAGCCCUCUCUUCUAUUUCCAGCGAAGCCGACGCCGACGCGGACACCGACGCGGAUCCUGGCAACUCUUCCGAGACAGAAGUGUCGAUUGGCAUACUGGGAAGCUCGCCAUCACGCAAGGGGAAAACAAACCAAGCCUUCAGCCAGUCCGCUUCUGGCUCCGGCUUGGCAGCAGGCACCGACACUGCCGUCUUUGGUCGAUUGCAGCUUGCAGACAAGAUGGAUAGGACUAGUUCACCUAUCGCUGACAAUCGCCUAACUGCCAUCGGCAGCAGCAGUAAAACCAGGGAUGUCAACAUGAACGAUGGAGGGGUGGAAUUGGUACAGUCGGUCACGGCCGUGCCUCCGUCACUGCAAAAGCAAAUCGACGUGGUAGACCAAGCGAACGCCAAACCGCUCGCUGUUGGUGACAGAUGGCACAUCGUCAGUGCCAACUGGUACCGCAAAUGGCGGCGCGAAGGAAAAGGAAAGGGAAAGAUUGAGGAGGUAGAAAGCACCGAUGGAGGAUGCGACGGGCCGGGGCCUAUCGACAGCUCCGAUAUUGCAGACGGAGCAGACUCAUUACGUAUGCACAUCACUGAACAUGCUGAUUAUGAGCUCUUGACCAACACUGCCUGGGAAGCUCUUGCGAGCUGGUACGGCUUCGUUGGGCCCACCUUCGCACGCCCAGUCAUCGCGGGUAUGCAAGCCAGUGCAGAGCGCAUAGAGCUCCGGCCUCCGAGGUUCACUCUCGUUCCAGUUGCCGAUCGCGCCACUGUUGUUAGCGAGCAACUGAACCCAACAAGCAUCGUUAUCUCAGUCUCUACGACCAUAUCUGCCUUCAAGGAGAGCGUGUGCCAGGCUCUGAACAUCAACGGAAGUCCUAGCACAAAUCUGCGCCUGUGGAGAUUACCGGAGAACAGCGAGAUUGCGGCGACUCCGUUGGUUGCGCUACCGCCAGCAAAACUCAAAGAAGCUGGCGUGGAGCUGGUUAAUGAGAUGCUUGGCGCGACAGCAGGUGUGCUGGAGGACCCGACGCUGGAAGCGCUACAGCUCGACGCGCCCGCGAUCAGCCUAGCCGUCGAAGUGCGCAAUGUCGCAGGCGAAUGGCCAAGCGAUGCGCAGUCAGCAGUCGCGACGACAAAUGGCGUCAAGGGCUUUUUUGCGCAAAACACCGAGGACCAUUGGAGCAGCGUCCAAGGGCAGUCCGCCGAGCCGAUCUUAACAAGCGUCAUCGGUUCCGCCACAGGUGCGCUUGCGUCCAUUACCGGCCGCAUGACACGCUCACAGACCGCGCAUGAGCGAAGCGGACCGGAGCGGCCACGCGGCUUGGUCGGUCUGCAGAACCUCGGAAAUACGUGCUUCAUGAACAGCGCACUGCAGUGCAUGAGCAACACCCUUGAGCUUCAGCAGUACUUCGUCUCGGGCGUGUACAAGCAAGAGCUCAACUCGGACAACCCGCUUGGCAUGGGCGGCGCGCUGGCCGAGGCGUUUGGCAGCCUGCUCGAGAAGAUCUGGUCGCCGAACACGCACGGCGCCAUCGUCCCGCGCGAGUUCAAGUACGCCGUUUCGCGCUUUGCUCCACAGUUUGCCGGUUACGGACAGCAGGACACGCAGGAGCUGCUGGCAUUCCUACUCGACGGGCUGCACGAGGACCUGAACCGCAUCCUGAAAAAGCCUUACAUCGAAGCGCCGGACUGGGAGGGCGGUGGAGAGAAGGAGAUGGUCGAGUUCGCGCGCAAGCAGUGGGAGAUCUACAAGGCUCGCAAUGACAGCGUCAUCGUCGAUCUGUUCCAGGGACAGUAUCGCAGUACGCUCGUCUGCCCCAAAUGCCAAAAGGUGUCGAUCAAGUUCGACCCUUUCAUGUACCUCACUCUGCCUAUUCCGAACCGCCGCAUGUGGACUGGAGAUAUCAAUUAUGUUCCCUAUGACCCAUCAAAGAGGCCGGUCAAGGUCACCUUGUCAGUGUUGCAAGACGCCUCCUUCAUGACUGUUAAGGCGAAACUGGCAGAGCUAUUCGCCACUGAUGCUGAAAAGCUGGUUGGUGCUGAGGUGUGGCAUGGCAACAUACACAAGUGGUACCACGACUGGGAGCACGUAACAGACAUUCAACGCAACGACACCGCGUACUUCUGGGAGCUUCCCACCGAAUUCACAUAUCCUCAGGUCAAAGGACAAUCCCUCUUCAGCCGUACCAGCACCCAGAAUCCAGAACAGUAUGAAAAGCAAGCGAUACCUCCGGCCGCCGAUGCUUGGGCCAUCCUUCCGGUGUUUUCGCAGGUUCAAGACAGCAACGAUCACCGCCGAGGGUUCCGAAGCUCAACGCUCGGUGUUCCAUUCUUUGUUGCUAUCCCAGCGGACAAGACGAGUGACCCUGAAGCGAUCAAUGACAUUGUGUCGCAGCAUUAUGUGCGUUUUGCUGAAGACCCGGACGCGUUGCAGAAAGCCUUGGUGCACAAUACUGCUGCUCAGCAACACGCGCCACAGGCUGAGGGAGAUGAUGUGGGCGUACAGCCACUGCAGAUCAGCGCUCAGCCUCCAGUCGCGGAUAGCGUUGCCGAAAUUCGCUUCUCCGACGACGACGCUCAAGAGCCGCAGGUUACAGAGUCGGCGCUUCCCCAAAUGGAAGCUGCACCAACAGAACCCGCGGAGGCGAUUGCUAGCACAGAUGCAGCACAGCCGAUGGAAGCGGAGAUCCAGCAGUCCACCCCGCCGAGCUUUGUGCUGCGCUUUGCAGCACGCAAGAUGACCGUACCACUCCCUCACGGUGUGGAGUCUUGGGACGACGACAGCCAGGCUCUCUUCGACCGAACUACGCACACGGACUCUGAUUGGCCAGCGGUCUACACGGGCGGGGCGGUUGUGUGCUUGUGGAAUCCAGAGGCAGCUGAGGCCUUGCUGACCAAGGCAUCAAACGACGUAUGGGGAGCGUACGAGGAACACGUGGACGAUUCGGUGGCUCAAUCCAAGGGCAAGAAUGGGCCGAAGAAGAAGCUUCACAUUGAAGACUGCCUGGACGAGUUUACGAAGAAAGAACAGCUCGGGAGCGACGAUCUAUGGUACUGUCCACAGUGCAAAGAGUUCCGACAGGCGACAAAGAAAUUUGACUUGUGGAAAGUGCCGGAUAUUUUGGUUGUGCACCUGAAGCGAUUCAGCGCCGGUCGUUAUUCUCGUGACAAGCUGGAUGACUUGGUCGACUUCCCUAUUCAAGGGCUGGAUUUGUCGCAUCGCGUCGAGGGUUCAAAGGUGGUCCAAAGAUUGGAAAAAUUAGGCUAUGAAUUGCCCGUAUCGACCAGCCGUGCUCAAACGCCUGAAGUCGAAGCGGAGGCAAAUGACGAUGCUGUAGCAGUUGACGCGCCGAUCUACGAUCUUUACGCCGUGGACAAUCACUACGGUGGGCUUGGAGGCGGGCAUUACACUGCUUAUGCAAAGAAUCACGCCAGCGGCAAGUGGUACUACUUUGAUGAUUCGAGCGUGCGCGAAGUAGGGCCAGAAGACUGCAAGACCUCUGCGGCGUACCUGCUCUUCUACAGGAGGCGCACGGCCAGACACAUCGGUGGCAAGACGCGUCAAAAGGUCGAUGGGAGUCUCAGCUCGCUUCCCGACAAAGAUGCACCUGGUCCUAGCAACAGUGCUCCAGAUCCCUCUCAACCUCCUGGUGGCUUCCCGGAGGCGGACGCCUCCGAGGACCCCUUUGAGGACGGGUCAAACGGCUGGAACUCUACGAUGCACCAUCUCCAAUUCGGCGGGCAGCAGUGGAUGACGGCAAGCCGGCAUUCCGCGUCGCGCCAGCUUCCUGACACUUCUUCCGCAGAAGACUUGCAGUUUGAUUCGAAAGGUUGGUGGCCUACCACCGUCAGCUCUUCCGGAGAGGAAUCAUCUGGGCACAUGAGUGCGUUCGACUCGAGCGAGGAAGGGCUGUAUGGCCUUUCGCCACCCAGUUUCAGCACCGACUCUCGCCGUGCCUCACUGUCUGAAAUGGAGCAUUCCAACGCAGCUGCCUCUUCAGUGAAUCUAUGGCACAGUCGUAUUCAACACCAGCACCAGAUUCCUUACGCGUCGACGGCUGAGUUACAAAGCGAGAUGCUUGGGAAUUGGCAUGGUCUGGGUGGAGCCCAGGGUUUGGAGGCAUGAUGGAGCAUUGGACGCCACACCUUCAUGUACUCUUUUCCCAUUGCACACUCACUAGAGCGAUGGAAACAUUGUCUAUAGG